UUCCAAGUUUUAGCGAAGUAGGUCACCUCACCAGACCAAACGAUACUUCAGAUCCGAAUGCGUCGGUUCGUGUGUAUCCACCCGGAUAAUAAUAUUUUCUAAUUAAAUUUUUUGUGAAGUAAAAAAUAAAUUUCUUAAAUUCUUGAACAAGAAAUUUUAUUAAUAAACAAAAGAGAUCUCCUGAUCGCACUCGGUUCCCAACCAAAUCAAAUCGCACCCGUAUAUACAAAUUCUCACACUCACUUUUCAAUUUUUAUUCGAUUCGAGUCUCCGUCGUCUUCCCGGGAAAGAGGAUUAUCAGGGGGCGCACAUGAGGCCACAGAAGAGAUCGAUCCACGCCGUAUCGACAUGGGUGAGGAAGCAGCCGCCGAAAGUGAAGGCGUUUUUAGCGGUGGUGGCCGGGAUGGCGGCGCUCGUGCUGCUUCGAUUCAUCGUACACGAUCACGACAAUCUCUUUGUUGCUGCUGAGGCUGUUCACUCGAUUGGAAUUUCCGUGCUAAUUUACAAACUCAUGAAGGAGAAGACUUGCGCUGGACUAUCACUCAAAUCCCAGGAACUAACAGCUAUGUUUCUAGCUGUUAGGCUGUACUGCAGCUUUGUUAUGGAAUAUGAUAUACACACUGUUCUUGACCUGGCUACUUUGGCUACAACUUUAUGGGUUAUUUAUAUGAUCCGUUUCAAGUUGAGGUCUAGUUACAUGGAAGAUAAAGACAAUUUUGCUAUUUAUUAUGUGGUCAUACCAUGUGCUGUAUUAGCUUUAUUUAUUCAUCCAUCAACAUCGCAUCAUUUAUUAAACAGGAUUUUCUGGGCAUUCUGCGUAUAUUUGGAAGCUGUUUCAGUUCUACCUCAGUUGCGGGUCAUGCAGAACACAAAGAUUGUUGAACCAUUCACAGCUCAUUAUGUAUUUGCACUAGGAGUUGAGUUCCUAAGCUGUGCCCACUGGGUCCUACAGGUUCUAGAUACUCGUGGGCACUUGCUCGUUGCACUAGGUUAUGGAUUAUGGCCUUCUAUGGUCCUUAUUUCAGAAAUCGUCCAAACUUUCAUCUUAGCAGAUUUCUGUUACUACUACGUCAAAAGUGUUUUUGGAGGACAGCUAGUACUUCGUCUUCCAUCUGGAGUGGUCUAAUUGAACAAUCUCUUGGGCUGUGUUUGAUGUAGCCUCAAAGCAAUCAAAAUUAACUUAUUUGAAGAUGUGGCUGGUUGCCCCUUAAAGCUCCCUUUUUUGCAUUCCACGCCAUUCUGGUUGUCUGUAAAUUGGGGAUUCAUAGAACUUUAGGUGGGAUAUAUAUGAUUUUCAUAGCUGGGAUAAACUUUUUAGCAUCAUUGGUAAUCUUUUGCUAUCUUACCUAAAUUAUGUAGACUUACAAUGUGCUCUGCAAGUAAAUUAGAGAUCACGAAUGGUUAACGAUGCUUAAAUCA